AUGCAAGCACAAUUAAAAAGUGUUGAAUUGAAACAGGCAAUUAAUUCCAAACAAUCCCAAGCACUUAUAAAAGAUUUGGUUUCGAUUUCGUUAAAUUGUAUUACAUUUUUGAGGAAUAUAUUUAGUGAUGAAAACUAUGUUGAUAAGAAGUUUAUUUGCAGUGAAAUGCCCCAUAUUAAGAGUAGUUUUGUCAAAACAAAGCAUUUAGUUAAGGGAAUUUCAAAAGAAGCUGAUAUGUUUAAGAGCUGGAUUGAAUGUGGUGUAAAUAAUGCUCUCAGUUUGCAAUAUCUACUGGCGCUCCAAUUUGGCAUAUAUGUCGAUGAGAAUCAGCCAGAAAAAUUGAGUGAAACAUACAUCUUCAAGUUUGAUUAUAAUAAAGGGAAUAUUUCGUUUGGUAUUAACGAUGGCGAGAAAUGUGAAGCGUUGCCUGAAUUGACUGCUCGAGAGAAGGUACAACAACUAAUCAAACGAUUAAUUGUUUUAACACAAACGUUUGGUCCUUUACCUGAAAAGAAACAUGUAUCAGUAAGAUUAUUGUUUAAUGAAAAGUGCCCUAGGGAUUACCAGCCUUCAUUCUUUAAGGAUGCCUCCGACUUGGAAUCUCCUACUAUUACUGUUGAUAAGGAAAAUUCAAAUAAUAAUAUUGGUACGCUCGACACAGGUCAUGAUUACGUGAAUAUUAGAAUUUUAACCAAUGUGGGAUCACAGAUUAAAAACCCAAUAAAUUUGGAUCCUUUUGAUGUAAUAGAAGAGAGCGAUGAUAAUUCUGAUCUUCAUAACUUUGAUAAUCAAAUUGAUUUCCCUAAAAGUAAUAAUUCUUUAUCAUUGGACAAAUACUUGUUUUCCAAUAAGCCUGAUAAUGUCCAUUCUACUCAGCUAGUUCCUCCAUCUCAGCUGUACUAUUCUGGGAUCUUCAAACUCACUUGCGAAUGCAAUUGCUGGGCGUCUGCUUCACGUAUUAAACUAUCAAUGAAAGGGUUUGCAAUCUUGACUUGUCGUACUUGCCUGAGACAAGUUCAUUCGUGCUGCUAUGGUUUGAAUCAUUCCAAAUAUAUAAAACUUUCUGCUCAUACUUUCAAAUGCUAUUCGUGUAUGCUAACUAAUAAUGAGCUUGAUAAAGAUUUGAAGUUGCUAAUGAUGUUAAGAUACUUGUGGAAACAUAUAUCGUGUUAUGGAAUUCCUGAACUGACUGGCUUAUUUUAUGAAAUAUUUAAUUUGACAUCAAGUGUCGAUGACAAUAUAGUUCGGAAAAUGUCGAAUAAACUAUUUCAUGAUAAGAUAUUAGUUGUAUUGGAUAAGCCUAUUAUUGUUAAAGGAAACAAGAAUGCAAUGGGAACUGGAUAUUUUACGCCAUCUAUUAAUAUGAUCCUAGACGACAAGGGAAAUUCACUUGUCAAAGAUCAUACUUAUAGCAUAGCAUUUACACCAAUAGUUAAAAAUCCAAAGUUAGUAUCUCACACUGAUAAACAAAGAAUUUACAUUCCAGACGCAUUAAAUACAAAAGAACAUAUCGAAGAGUUGCUAAGUGAAUUCAAAACUAGUUCAUUCAAGGAUCAGGAAUUGGACGAUGAUCCAAUAGAAUCCAGCAGCCCUAUUUUUGAUUCAAAAUCUUCAAAUAAAAAGAAGAGGGAGUUUGCCAUAUCGGAGGAUCAAACUAGAACACAUAUUGUGAAUGAAAACCUAUUGGAUGAAAUGGAUGAUUUGUCGUUUGAAGAUUCGCUAAACUUUCUUUCUCAACCAGUUGAUAAUCAGGAUUUGCAAGCAGUGAAUUUUUUACAAAAUAGAGUAAGUCAACCGCAUAUUCUGUCAUCUAAAAGAAAGUUUGAUAGCAGCAUUCCGUCAAUAGAGCAUAAAGUCAAGAACCGGAAAAUUAGUGUUAAUGAAGAUAAAUGUUUCUAA